AUGGACGCCCUCUGGUCUGCCACGGAACACUUUCUCAACUCAGUCGCCAUCCUCACGCUCGGCCUCACCCUCGACUUUGUCGCGGCACCGCCGCUCGGCCACCCGGUGCCAAUCUGCAGCCUUGCCACCGCCGACGGCUUCACAGCGCUCGCGGCGGCGUACGUCGUGCUUUCCGUGAGCCACCGCGCCGCGAUCACGCCGUGGGGCAGCGGCGCUGUGCCGAUGACCGCCCAGACCUUGGCGCUCUGUGUCAUUGGGCUGCUGUGUGCGCCGCGUGUCGCACUCGGCGCCGUGGCAAUCUACGUGUCGGUCGGCGUGGCUGCGGCGUGGCUCCCAUCCACCUCUGGGCGCCGACGGCUCGAGGGCUACGGCCCGAGAAUAACGGGCGCCGCCGCCGGCUUUGUCGUCGGCUUCCUGCCCGCCACCGCCCUCGUCGCAAAGUCCUCGGCCGGGAGAGCGAGGCCGCUGCCCUUCCAGCUUGGCCUUGCCGCCUCCGCCGCGGCGCACUGCGUCAUCCUCGCGUGCGGCGCGGCGGGGCUGGCCGCGCGCAAGCGGCUCGGUGCGCGCGCCGUCCUCGACGCGGCGGUGAGGCCGUACCUGCCCGGGCUGCUGGUCAAGUCGGCGCUAGCGGCCGGGCUGGCGGCGGGCGCGGCGCCGGGGCGGGCGUGGGAGGCGAUGUGUGGGGGGGAGGAGGCGUGA